AUGGUUUCAGAGGUACCUACCCCGACUGUACCUAUCGUACCCACUCCUACCGUAUUUACGGUACCACUAGCGGUACCGCUGGUAUACCCGGCACCACCACCACCAGUGCCUACGGCAUACCAGGCACCACUGGCAUCGGUGCCCACUGCAUACGCGGCACCCGCACCAGCAGCAGCAGUUGCUCCACCUCCGGUACCACCACCCACCGUACCUCUUGCCGUGCCCACCUAUAGUGCCACCAAUGGCACCUGUCUCAGUCAUGCAGCAGCACCAGGGAUGCCUCCCCCGGCCUAUGCAGCGGUACCACCUGUUAUACCAGCUCUAGUGGUUCCGCUAGUUCCUGCAGCCUUCCCUACUCACCUCACUGAUAUAGUCGUGACACGAGCCUGGAUCCCAGCACUGGCAGAAUCGAUGAAGAGUCGAUUCACACUUUUCCGAAGAGAGACUGAUCCGAGUUUGGCUCAGUCCUAG